AUGGCGGCUAAGGUGGGUGAACUGCGAAUACCACUGAAAGCAUUUCUUUAUAUAAUAUCCACUGAUGCAAUUGAUUCCAUCACAGGGGAGGAGAUACAAAGGGAGGAGGAAAGAGGAGGGGCAUUUAGGUGUGCUGAGCUUGAUGAAGAGGAGAUCCUGUUUGGCGGGUGCUUUGCUGCUACAGUUUCUGAAAGCCAUGGGAAUGAGGGAGGGCAUUGGAAUUCUGUAUAUAAAGCAUCCAGGCUUGAAGAGGUAAACCUAGAAAGUGGCGUUUUGAGCAAGGAUUCCUGUUCUACCUGGGGCGGAGGGCAUUUUUCAACUUUUGAUAAAUAUCAGUAUGACUUCACUGGGACUUGCAACUAUAUCUUUGCAACUGUAUGUGAUGAAUCCAGUCCAGACUUCAACAUUCAGUUCCGCCGCGGGCUGGACAAAAAAAUUGCAAGGAUCAUUAUUGAACUGGGUCCUUCUGUCAUCAUUGUUGAGAAAGACAGCAUUUCUGUCAGGAGCGUCGGUGUCAUCAAGCUGCCUUAUGCCAGCAAUGGAAUUCAAAUAGCACCUUAUGGGCGCAGUGUCCGCCUUGUUGCCAAGCUGAUGGAGAUGGAACUAGUUGUCAUGUGGAACAAUGAGGACUACCUCAUGGUUUUGACUGAAAAAAAAUACAUGGGGAAGACCUGUGGAAUGUGUGGAAAUUAUGAUGGCUAUGAACUAAAUGACUUUGUGAGUGAAGGUAAAUUACUGGAUACAUACAAGUUUGCUGCAUUACAAAAAAUGGAUGAUCCAUCAGAGAUCUGUCUGUCUGAGGAGAUAUCAAUUCCUUCCAUUCCUCACAAAAAAUACGCCGUGAUCUGCUCUCAGCUGCUUAACCUGGUGUCACCAACCUGCAGUGUUCCAAAAGAUGGGUUUGUCACUCGUUGUCAGCUUGACAUGCAGGACUGCAGUGAGCCAGGACAAAAGAACUGUACUUGCUCUACACUGUCAGAGUAUUCAAGGCAAUGUGCUAUGUCUCAUCAAGUGGUGUUCAACUGGAGGACUGAAAACUUCUGCUCCGUGGGGAAAUGUUCUGCUAAUCAAAUCUAUGAGGAAUGUGGUUCUCCGUGUAUUAAAACCUGCUCCAACCCUGAGUACAGCUGUUCCAGUCACUGUACCUAUGGUUGCUUUUGUCCAGAAGGAACAGUUCUUGAUGACAUCUCAAAGAAUCGCACAUGUGUUCACCUUGAGCAGUGCCCAUGUACACUGAAUGGGGAAACAUAUGCUCCUGGUGAUACAAUGAAAGCAGCGUGUAGAACUUGUAAAUGUACAAUGGGUCAAUGGAACUGCAAAGAGUUGCCCUGCCCUGGAAGGUGCUCAUUGGAAGGAGGCUCCUUUGUUACCACAUUUGAUUCUAGAUCAUACAGGUUUCAUGGAGUUUGCACUUACAUUCUUAUGAAGAGUUCCAGCCUGCCACACAAUGGAACCCUAAUGGCUAUUUAUGAAAAGUCUGGUUAUUCUCAUUCUGAGACAUCGCUUAGUGCUAUAAUUUACCUGUCUACAAAGGACAAAAUUGUGAUUUCUCAGAAUGAACUCCUUACUGAUGAUGAUGAACUUAAGCGGCUACCUUACAAAUCAGGAGACAUCACUAUUUUCAAACAAUCCUCGAUGUUCAUUCAAAUGCAUACAGAAUUUGGUCUGGAACUCAUUGUUCAAACAUCACCUGUGUUCCAGGCCUAUGUUAAAGUCAGUUCACAAUUCCAAGGCAGAACCCUAGGUUUGUGUGGUAAUUACAAUGGAGACACUACAGAUGACUUCAUGACUAGUAUGGAUAUCACUGAAGGAACAGCUUCCCUAUUUGUAGAUUCCUGGAGGGCAGGAAAUUGCCUUCCUGCUAUGGAGAGAGAGACUGACCCUUGUGCUUUGAGUCAGCUGAACAAAAUAUCUGCUGAGACUCAUUGCUCCAUUCUAACGAAGAAGGGUACAGUGUUUGAGAAAUGCCAUGCUGUGGUAAACCCUACUCCUUUCUACAAGAGAUGCGUCUACCAAGCCUGUAAUUAUGAAGAGACCUUUCCUUAUAUUUGCUCUGCUCUGGGAUCAUAUGCACGAACAUGCAGUGCAAUGGGUUUAAUCCUUGAGAACUGGAGAAACAGUAUGGACAAUUGCACCAUUACUUGUACUGGCAAUCAAACAUUCAGCUACAACACUCAGGCAUGUGAAAGGACAUGCUUGUCACUCUCCAACCCAACCCUGGAAUGUCACCCAACUGACAUCCCAAUUGAAGGCUGCCAUUGUCCUAAGGGGAUGUAUCUGAACCACAAGAAUGAAUGCGUUCGUAAAUCCCAUUGUCCCUGCUAUUUAGAAGAUAGGAAGUACAUCUUACCUGAUCAGUCAACAAUGACUGGUGGCAUAACCUGCUACUGUGUUAAUGGGAGGCUAAGUUGCACUGGCAAACUUCAAAAUCCUGCAGAAAGCUGCAAAGCGCCUAAGAAAUAUAUAUCAUGUUCUGACAGCUUGGAAAACAAGUAUGGAGCUGCAUGUGCCCCUACUUGUCAAAUGCUGGCUACUGGAAUUGAAUGUAUUCCUACUAAAUGUGAAUCAGGCUGUGUCUGUGCUGAUGGGCUAUAUGAAAAUCUUGAUGGCAGGUGUGUUCCAGCUGAAGAAUGUCCUUGUGAAUAUGGAGGCCUUUCAUAUAGAAAAGGUGAACAGAUCCAAACUGAAUGUGAAAUCUGCACUUGCAGAAAAGGCAAAUGGAAAUGUGUUCAGAAAUCAAGAUGUUCCUCAACAUGUAAUCUGUAUGGAGAAGGCCAUAUCACCACUUUUGAUGGACAGCGUUUUGUGUUUGAUGGCAACUGUGAAUACAUAUUAGCUAUGGACGGCUGCAAUGUUAAUAGACCUCUUUCCUCUUUUAAAAUUGUUACUGAGAAUGUCAUUUGUGGGAAAUCAGGGGUUACAUGCUCUAGAUCCAUCAGCAUUUACCUUGGGAACUUGACUAUUAUACUGCGAGAUGAAACCUUCUCUAUUUCUGGGAAAAAUCUUCAAGUGAGGUAUAAUGUGAAAAAGAAUGCCCUCCAUCUGAUGUUUGAUAUCAUUAUCCCAGGAAAAUAUAACAUGACUCUUGUAUGGAAUAAGCACAUGAACUUCUUCAUCAAGAUCUCCAGGGAAACACAGGAAACUAUCUGUGGUUUGUGCGGAAACUAUAAUGGCAAUAUGAAAGAUGAUUUUGAAACCCGAAGCAAGUAUGUGGCAUCAAAUGAACUGGAAUUUGUGAAUUCUUGGAAGGAGAAUCCUCUCUGUGGGGAUGUAUACUUUGUAGUGGACCCCUGCAGCAAGAACCCCUAUCGUAAAGCUUGGGCAGAAAAGACAUGUUCCAUCAUCAACAGUCAAGUCUUUUCUGCCUGUCACAAUAAGGUGAAUCGUAUGCCCUAUUAUGAGGCCUGUGUCCGAGACUCGUGUGGUUGUGACAUUGGAGGUGAUUGUGAAUGCAUGUGUGAUGCCAUUGCAGUGUAUGCAAUGGCCUGUUUAGAUAAGGGAAUCUGCAUCGACUGGAGGACUCCUGAGUUUUGCCCUGUCUACUGUGAGUAUUACAAUUCUCACAGAAAAACAGGAAGUGGGGAUGCUUAUUCCUAUGGCUCCAGUGUCAACUGCACCUGGCAUUACAGGCCUUGUAAUUGUCCAAAUCAAUACUACAAAUAUAUGAACAUUGAAGGCUGUUACAACUGCUCUCAUGAUGAAUAUUUUGACUAUGAGAAAGAAAAAUGCAUGCCAUGUGCAAUGCAGCCUAAAGCAACAGGAAUCUCUACUGCAGCCACAUUAUCCACAGCUACCCAAUCAGCAUCACCUAGUACUUCGUCUGCAUCUACUUUACCAACUGAGACCAGAAGUCUCACUGUAACCUCAAAAAUCACAGUCCCAAGAACUUCUUCAUCAUCACCUCUUGUCACAAUGAAGUCAACAACUGAACAUACAACAUCAAUUUUUACUAUGCCAAGCAUGACCUCUACAGUAACUACACCUUCCAUAACUACCUCAGCGAAAGGAACCAUCUUCACUGAACCAAAAUCUACAACUACUGCCUCAGUAACCAUUGUUUCAACAGAGACAGAAAAAACAAGGUUCACUACACCACUCUUAGAGACUACUGUCAAAGAAGAAAUGACAACCAUCUCAAUACCUUAUACUACAUCUCAGAUUGCAACAGUAGGGGCCAGCACUGCCAGCAGUUCAGAAGUUCCGCUGACAAGGAUACCUGUGAGCCCCACCUCUUUACCUGCCACCACAGCUGUAUCUGUUUCUUUCCCCUCUUCUCCAUCCUCAACACGGCUGAGACCAUCACAUCCAGCCUCCAAGACAACUGUGCUGCCUCUCACCACAGAGAAGACUACCCCUGUCACAUCUUUCACCAGCACCUCCAAGACUUCUGUCUCCAUUGAAGCCAGCCCCACUAGCAGCCCAGAAAUCCCACUGACAACAACAUCUCCUGUCCUCAGCAGCACCCUCAGCACCAGGCUACCAACUCCUGCCCCAUCAACACUCUUCUCCACCUCACCUCCAAUCUCCAUGCCAAAAACAAUUCCUACAACGCUAAGACCCAAGCCUUCUUCCCCAACAACCAGUGCUUCUACAGAGUUGCUGAUACCUGCAUCCUCCACACCCUCCACAGCCAAAACCAGUCUGCUGUCAUCAUCAGCAUCUUCCCCUUACUCAACUAUGUCCUCGACAGCACUAAGCACAUCACAUCUCGGUAAGUCUCCACCUAGUCCUUCCCAAUUCUACUCCUUCUCACUGCUUUCCCAGUACUUCCCCUUUAUUCCUGAUGUACAGUAUGCACCCCAGGGUUGUCACCCUCACUCUCAGCGCCAGGCUGCCAUCUCCUGCCCCAUUUACUCUCAUCUCUGCCUCUACUCCAACUUCCAUGAGAAAGCCCACACUACAACACUGAGACCCAAGCCCUCUUCUCUGACAACCAUUGCUCCAAUAGAGUCACCUACAGCUGCAUUCUCUGCACCCUUCACAGCCAAAACCAGCCUGCUGCCAUCAUCUGUUUCUUCCCCCUUCUCAGCUGUGUCUUCCACAGCACUGAGAACAUUACAUCCCAGUAAGCCUCCCUCCUGCCUUUCUCAUUCCUCUGCCUGCUCUUCCUAG